UGCGGGCUCUCUCAGGUAUGGCAGCUCUCUCUCCAGCAACACUCCCGGCAGCUGCUGUCUCAUGCUCCAACUACCUGAGCUCCUCAAUGAGAAAGAAGCCCAGUGUGGUGUACAUUGAAGGACUGAAUUCCUUUGGAGGCCUCAAAGCUCACAACAAAGUAUCCAACCUCGGCCUUCCGGCUUGCACUGCCCAGUCCUUCGCCAUGGUAGUGAGCUCUCUCAAGUCCUCAUCCCGGGGAAAGAAGGGCAAAGGUGGAGCUCUCUCUUCCACCUGCAAUGAGGCAGCUGAGAUUUUUAAGAUUGCUGCAAUCAUGAAUGGCCUUGUGUUGAUUGGGGUGGCCGUCGGCUUCGUCCUUCUUCGAGUGGAAGCAGCUCUAGAGGAAGCUGAGUAGAAGGAUUGCAACUUAGCUUCUUUCGACGUAAUAUGGUCCUUCCUAUUUUCCUUUACAUGUUUGGGGUUGAAUUAUAAAUUCGGUCAUAACCACUAAUGAACAUUGGUUGAAAGUUUGAGAUUUGAUUAAAAGCAGUUUACAUUAAUCAAUGGAAUGUUUCAAUUCUAUGUUUUCAACACAACGAA